AUGGUUUCUUCUACCGUCGUCUUGAAGGAGGACCCCGAUGUCGCCCUGAUGAAGGCGAUGCAUGGGAAAUCAGCCGAAGAGAAGAAUGCCUUCUUCGCCAUGCUCAAAAAGAACAACUCCGCCCAUCGUGAGAUCACAAAUGAGUACGUUCGUCGAUGGAAGGACGAGAAGGGAGUCGAUGCCACCACCGAAGAGGCUCGAAAGGAGCGAACAACCGAAUAUAUGGGCGUGGUUAACAACUACUAUGAUCUAGUCACGGAUUUCUAUGAAGAAGCAUGGGCCCAGUCGUUCCAUUUCUGUCGAUUCAGUCUCGGCGAGCCGUUCCUCCAGGCGCUGGCGCGCCAUGAACAUUAUCUUGCUUAUAAACUCGGCAUCAAGGGUGGUGCAGAGGUUUUGGACGUGGGCUGUGGUGUGGGAGGACCUGCUCGGGAGAUCGCACGGUUCACUGGGUGUCAGGUUGUGGGCGUGAACAACAACGCAUAUCAGAUCGCUCGUGCCACGAAGUAUGCAGAGAAGGCCGGCCUGUCCGAUCAGGUUUCUUUCUUCAAGGGAGACUUCAUGCAUCUGGACUUCCCUCCGAACACCUUCGAUUUCGUAUAUGCCAUCGAGGCCACCGUCCACGCUCCGAGUCUGCAGAAGGUGUACGAGCAGAUCUUCCGGGUCCUCAAGCCGGGCGGCCGUUUCGGUGUAUACGAAUGGGUCAUGACGGACAGAUUCGACGAGACAAACCCGGAGCACCGAGCAAUUCGGUUGGGGAUUGAGCGUGGAAACGGUAUCGUGAACAUGAAGACUCAAGCCGAGUCCAUCGAGGCUAUCCAGGCGGCUGGGUUUGUGAUAGAGCAUGAAGAGGACCUCGCUGAGCGACCGGACCCCAUCCCUUGGUACUAUCCGAUUGCAGGCGAGUUGCGACACACGAGAAGCCUGUGGGACAUGCUCACUGUUCUGCGCAUGACGAAAUUCGGACGAGCUGCCAUGGGUCAGCUCCUGUGGACGCUGGAGACUCUGCGACUGGCGCCUGCUGGGACGUCGGAGACUGCGCAGGAGCUGGCUGAUGGUGCUGAUCACCUCGUGAGGGGAGGCCAAUUGGGCUUGUUUACCCCGAUGUAUUUGAUGAUCGGAAAGAAGCCUGAGUUGUAG